AUGCCCCUGCCUCCAAUAUGUCCCGCCUCCAAUGGCUGUAGUCCAACCUGUGUUAUUUUCUCUACCAGGUGUAACCGCAUCUGGGCGGGUCAAGCUGCAGGCAUCGCAGUGACGGAGGAAGGUUUUGGUCACGUGUAUUUCAAUGAUAUAUGUGGUAUGGAAUGGGGUGGUAUUGAUAUCCGCAAUGGUGGUCACCCUGUCAUCAUGAAUAACACCAUACACAAGGGACAUGGUGAUGGUGUCGUGAUUGGCAAGCGAGGAUGUGGUCUCAUCUUUGAAAACGUCAUUCGAAGUAAGUGUCGAGGUCAAACUGUGUUUUAUACGCUUUCAAACAGUAGGCCAAAGCAAGGCUUGGGCCAGGUCUCAGUAUAGCCACUGACGUCUGUCUGACGGCCUCAGGAUUAUUAGUUCCAGAUUAUUAAAAACCAGCAUAUGUGGUCACCACGCUCUACUCAAAGUCUUUAAAUAAUUGAGGAGAAAGAGCUACCUUUACAUUGACAUCAGUAAAUGGUUAGACUUUCGCGUCUUCUCGGAUAACAACGUUAACGCCUGUAUUCUAAAAGCUCACUCACACUCAAUGAGUGGAGGUUCAAUCUGAGCUUCCCUCGAGUGUCAGUGCUGUUUUUGAAUAGCUGGAGGGUGAGUAGUCACAUAGUAAGGUACGACACUAACCCUGCAGCUAUUCAAAAACAGCACUGACACUCAAGGGAAAGCUCAGAUUGAACCUCCACUCUUUGAGUGUGAUGUAAGUGAGCUUUUAGAAUACAUGCAAAAGUCGUCAACUGAUAGGCACAGCCAGGGGCGUAGGAAGCACCUGGAGUUUGGGGGGGCACCGGCUUGUAGGGGCACAUUACUAUCGGAAAGGGAGAAAUUUCUCCUGAGGAAAAUUUUCCGUCGUAUCAUACCGAAAUUUAUGUUUGUGACCUAAUUUUUAAAAAAAAUUUGUAAAUUUCCACACAAAAACGGCACCUAUUGUUUUAAUUUAGUAUUUACAGCGACAGUAGCUUCUACAAAAGGGGCACUUUUCCUCACAAAAAAGGGCACUUUUCAACACAAAAAGGGCACUUUUUAUCACAAAAAAGGGCACUUUUAGUCCUUUAAAAAAAUUGGGGGGGGCACGUGCCCCCCGUGCCCCCCCCCCCCUUCCGCUUCCUACGCCCCUGGGCACAGCUCUCGGAGUCGGAUGUAGUUUCGGAUCUAAUUUCCUGUAUUUCUGUACAUAGAGAACCGUGGAUGUGGUGUGUGGGUAUUGUCCAUGUCACGUCCAGUGAUAUUUGGCAACCACAUCAGCGAAUGUUGUGAUCAUGGUGUAGCGUUUGUUAGCACGGCUGAUGAUCUGCGAGAAAACCAGAAACUCAGUGCGCAGUUCUUACAACAAGACCAAGAACAGGUAGGGUUGUUGUACCACAAUUUGCACUGACGAAGAUCCGAAGGCAAUUUUUUUAAGAGGCAAUUUUUUUAUUUGCGAUGAAAAGUGUUCAAAAAAUCUUUUGACCUGAAGAUUACUUUGUUUUAGCUUUAUUUUGUAGUUUACACAGUUAGCAACCUUUUUAAAUGUAUCUGGCGGUUGUGAAACACAAAAUAAUAGCUAAAUAUUGACAAUUCAAGUACAAUUAUCAUUGAUGCUGUAAAAUUGACGCCAUAUACAGGAAUAUAAGCAAAACUUAUUCUCUUUGGCGUACCAUCUAAAAUCUGUUCAUUUUAGCAUAAUUUUACAGAUAAAGCACUAAACAUACUUUAAAAAUUUCAAUAUAGCAAGUGGAAAAGUAUAUUUAUUUGGUUUUGAGCGCGUGUUACGUAACAUACAAAAUAUUCAUCUCUUAAUAACCUCAGUUAAUAACCUGUAACCUGCCUUGUCACUCAAACAAACAACGCAUUAUGUUGAAGAGAUAACGAAGUCAGCAGUUGAUGACAUGCUAAUGUCCGAUUGAAUUUCUAGGAACAAGCACCACCGGUUCUCAUCUACGACGAAGAACCGUCCUCUGGGUCGUUCUUUGAUGACACGGAUUCUCUAUCCAUUGAAUUUCUGAGUAAGUUCCAUUUCUAGAGAUAUAAAAUUUAAAAAUUGUUUGUGUAUGUGUAAAUAUAGACAAUUGUUUUGUUUUGUCGUUCGUGGACCUUUAUUCCGCGCACUUUAAAAAUGACUCUUUGCGCAACUUUUUUGGUGCUAUGCGUUCUUUGCGCAACUUUUUGGGGGCUAUUCGGAAGUUCGAUAGGCCGGGGUUAAAACUGACUAAAAGCUUUUAAAAGUUAUUAUUCCCGAGUCCUAUUCGGGGUUUGAACCCUAUGAUGAUCUGUCCUUUGAUUUUCUAGUCCAAUGCUCUUUCAGCUGAACAAAUAUCACGUAUUCGAACCAAUAUGACCUCAUAGCAAUGACUAGCAGUAGUGUCAUUUAAAACUCUAGUCUUUUAGAUAUAUGCUUGUAUAAAAGUGACAACUCUUUAUAUCUCAACCAGCUCCACAACUGGAGAAAAACGGCUCGAUAGUUGACAACAACAAAAUCAGCUACAAUCAAGGUUGCGGCCUCUCUUUCGCGGGCUCAGAAGACGUCAUCAUCCGGGGUAACACAUUCAAUGGUAACCAAGGCAACGGCAUCGCCAUCGAACAGCCUGUUGAUCACGCCAUGAUCCAUAGCAACCGAGUUCUCGACAACGGCGAGACUGGUAUUACCCUGGCCGUAAGCACCUUAUCAUCCGUGCAUGAUAACUGCGUACGUGGUAACCUAGGCAACGGGAUUGUCGCGCAGGGCCGAGGACGCAUUCGCGAAAAUGACGUCAUAGGGAACGGGAAGUCGGAGCUGGUGAUUGUGGGGCCCGGGGAUCCAUUCGUCGCAAAGAAUCGGAUAAUCUCUGAGGAAGCCUCGGCUAUCGAGGUUCUCGCUGAUGCGAGGGGAUGUGUCAACGAAAAUGUGGUCUACAGUAAGACAGGUAAAAACAUCGUUCAGGAUUUGAGUAGUACUACUAUUGUUGAGAACAACGAGUUCUUAUCAAGCUUAGAGGACGACGUAAGAGGUCUGGGGACGAGACCGCUACAGACUGGGAACGCAAUCCCGAGAAACGAUAUUGUGCAUAUCGUAAGAAAGUUAACUAUGCCACAGGCGCAGAAAACUAAUCCGAAGACAAUGAGUAGGUUUUGUGUAAUAUUGUAAAUAAUUGCGUGUAGGUGCUUAUCGUAGAUCCUGUAAACGAGAUUGAGAUCCUGUAUCAAGCCCCAGGGGUAGGGGGUUAUUUCAAGCACUUCUGAAGGGUGGAGGUGGGCUUUGUGAUAGAGAGGGGCGUAUUGAUUUUGCCGAAACGUAGUGUAUUAGAAACGCCAUGAAUUUCCAAGUCAAUCAAUAAAGAAAGUUUCCCAAGGGUUUCUAGGGAACAAUGCAUAUUUUGCAAUUCUGAAAAAAUCCUAGGGAAGAAGGGAACGUGGUAAAAUCUUCUCUGGGAUCAAAGAAAACUUUCCAAGUGAACACGGGAUUAGCGUCGUCCCCCCCCCCCCGUGGGAGACCCUUGAUAAGCAUUGUACAUGUAUUUAUUUGUCGUGAGGGUGGAAGGGGUGCUUAAUAGGGGGGGGGGGGGGCUCUGUAAAUAUGUCUUAUAUAUUAUGCCAUAUUCCACGACGCCAUUUUUGCUACAUCUUGCAACGUCUAGUGCUGUGCGCUGGAGCUGGAGGGCCGGAGUUUUGGUCCAUUUUACCGGAGCUGGAGCCGCAGUUUGUUCAACUCCGGCAAAACUCCGGCAGCACUUAUUUGUGCUGCAAACUACUGUCGUUUUUGUUCCCCGAGCCGGAUUUUUUUUCCGGAGCCGGACGUGAAAAACCCGACGUUUGUACAGCACUAUAUAUAGCAACGUCUGGUACCGAAAUUGUGUUGCAAGUUGUGGCAAAAAUUGCCCCGUGUGACAUCGCCUUACGUGUUUGUUGUAGGUAGCUGUAAAUUGACCACUGGUUGUGCCAGCGAAAUUGUAAAAUACUUUAAUUUGACAUUCUUGACGAGUGUAGAAAAUAUACUAUUAACUUAUUCGAUUUUAG